AUGAAAAGGGGGAGGUUUGGGUUAAUUAGUGGCUGGAGUGGAAAGCAAGCUGCCAUCCUCAGGGAGCUCUCUGCUGUUAAAGCUGCAGACACUGGUGGGCAGGAGGCUGAGCUGCUCAUUGUUCUGCAGGGAUCCAGCUGCUUGACACCUUCCAUGGCUCCCCAGGCAGGUGCUGAGGCCCCGGGCCCAGUAGGGCUCUGUUUGGGAUGCAAAUGUCACAUUACCCAUUUAACACUAGUUCUCACUCUCUUGGCCAGCGUGUUCUUGGCUUGGCUGGAGGCAGCUAGGGUCCUUAUGGGCUUCCAAGCCCCCUGGAACAUCACUCAUCCUUUUAGUGUGCAAAGGUUGGGUGCAGGUCUUCAAAUUGCCUUGGACAAGAUCAACUCGGAACCAGGAAAUAUCAGCUGGGAGUUCACGUAUACUAAUUCAACCUGCAGCACCAAGGAAUCUCUUGCUAUUUUCACCAAGCAGGUCCAGCAAGAACAGAUUUCUGCCCUCUUUGGACCUGCAUGCCCAGAAGCUCUGGAGGUCAUUGGGUUGCUGGCCUCUGAGUGGAACAUACCCAUGUUUGAUUUUGUUGGACAAACAGCAAAACUAGAGAAUGACUUCUUGUAUGACACCUACGUAAAAGUUGUGCCACCGAGGCACACCAUUGGGGACGUGCUCCAGAAAAGUCUCCAACACCUGGGAUGGAGACAUGUUGGGAUGUUUGGAGGUUCCAGUGGGACUCCCGCCUGGGAUGGAGUGGACGAGUUGUGGCAGAUUAUAGAGAGCAAACUCAAAUCUCAUUUCACCAUCACUGCCCGUCUGAGAUACGCCAGCAAUGACCCAGCCCUUCUCAGAGAGACUCUCAGAAACAUGUCAUCAGUUGCCAGGGUUAUCAUCUUAAUCUGCACCUCAGAGGAUGCCAAAAUUAUUCUGCUGACUGCAGAGGAACUGGGGCUCAAUACAGGAGACUUUAUCUUCAUUGUUUUGCAGCAGUGGGAGGACAAUUUCUGGAAGGCGAUAUUGACAAGUGAGACAACAAGGCACUUCCCCAAGGUCUACGAGUCCCUGUUUCUCAUUGCCCUCAGCACAUAUAGAGAAGAGCCUAGCAAUGGAAGUUUCUGGAAACAAGUUUACCAACAGCUAAGGCAGCCUCCUUUUCACAGCUCCAUCACCUCAGAGGAACAGGUGAGUCCCUCUUCAGCCUAUCUUCAUGAUGCGGUGCUGCUCUAUGCUCAGACAGCCCAGGAGUUGGCCAGGGCUGGAGAGGACUUCCGGGAUGGACGGCUUCUGGUCAGCACUCUGAAGAGCUCCAGUCAGAUAGUGCUGCAAGGAGUCACGGGGCCCAUGUUGGUGGAUACCCAGGGAGCACGGCACAUGGAUUACUUUGUCUAUGCACUGCAGAAAUCUGGAAAUGGAUCCCACUUCCUUCCUUUUCUUCACUAUGACAGUCAUCAGAAAGUCAUCAGAUCCUUGAGGAACUUUUCCCAUGAUAUUCGCCUGCAUGACCCCCUUUCUGAAGACAGAUCUGGCUGUGGAUCGUCUAGUGAACUCUGUGAAACUGCUUCCACUUUCACAGGCCUGACUGUUGCACUUCUCACCACCACCCUCCUGAUCACCACCCUGGGAGUUGUCCUCAGAGGGCUGAUUUCAUGGAUGCAGAGGAGAAAGCUGCAGCAGCAAAACAAAGACACUUGGUGGCAAAUCAAUUAUGAGGACAUCACUGUCCUGCCCCAGAGCAAGCCAUCCCCACAAGACACGCCUGUGUCGAGAGGGAACCCAAGCAACUCGUCAAGUGCAACGGUUUCUGCCGAUGUCUCCUCCUUGCUCAGGAGUCAGCUUGGGGAAGGAGUAUUUUAUGCUCCAGUCGGACUUUACAAGGGAAAUCAUGUGGCCAUUUGCUAUGUUGGUGACCAAGCAGAAGCCUGGGUUAGGAAGCCAUCAGUUCUGCAGGAAAUCCAGCUGAUGUAUGAACUAAGGCAUGAGAAUAUUGUUCACUUCUUUGGUGUUUGCCCAGAACCACCAAACAUCUGUAUUGUCACCCAGUAUUAUAAAAAGGGGAGUCUUAAGGAUGUUUUGAGAAGUUCAGAUAAUGAAAUAGAUUGGAUAUUCAAACUCUCAUUUGCAUAUGACAUAGUCAAGGGCAUGUUGUUCCUCCACAGCAGCCCCCUGGGCUCCCAUGGCAACCUGAAGCCUUCCAACUGCCUGGUGGAUGGGCGACUGCAGGUGAAGCUGUCAGGAUUUGGGCUGUGGGAGCUCAAGCAUGGCCACCAGUCCAGAAGCAUCCAGGAGACUCUGACGGGCCACUCAGAUCUUUACUGGACAGCCCCUGAGCUAUUGAGGCUCUUAGAGGCACCCCGGUCAGGCACCCCACAGGGAGAUGUUUACAGCUUUGCCAUUGUGAUGAGGGAGCUGAUAUACCCCCAACACCAAGGACCCUUUGAGGAUCUCACAGAGAGGCCAGAUGAAAUUAUCAGCCGUAUCAAGGACCCUAAGGCACCAGUUCCACUUCGACCUUCCCUGCCAGAAGAGAAGGGCAAUGAGAAGAUUGUGGCUCUGAUAAAGGCAUGUUGGGAUGAAUCUCCAAAGAAAAGACCCAAUUUCUCUUUGAUCAAGAAAAUGUUACGAGAAGCCAGUCCCAAAGGCCGGGUGAGCAUACUGGACAAUAUGGCAAGCAAGCUGGAAGUCUACGCCAAUCACUUGGAGGAAGUGGUGGCAGAACGCACCAAUCAGCUGACGGCAGAGAAGAGGAAGGUAGAGAAGCUGCUGUUCACAAUGCUGCCUAGCUUCAUUGUAGAGCAGCUCAUCGAUGGCAGAUCUGUGGAACCAGAACAUUUUGAAUCCGUGACCAUCUUUUUUUCUGACAUUGUUGGCUUCACAAAACUGUGUUCUCUCAGCUCUCCCUUGCAAGUUGUCAGGCUCCUGAAUGACCUAUAUUGUUUAUUUGACCACAUCAUUCAAGCUUACGAUGUAUAUAAGAUCGAGACCAUUGGUGAUGCCUACAUGGUGGCUAGUGGACUUCCCAUUCGCAAUGGCACCCAGCAUGUGGAUGAGAUUGCCACCAUGUCCUUGCACUUCCUCAGUGCUGUCCUGCACUUCCAGAUUGGGCACAUGCCCACAGAGAAGCUCAAGCUCCGGAUUGGCCUCCACACAGGGCCUGUGGUGGCUGGUGUGGUAGGAAUCACUAUGCCCAGAUACUGUCUGUUUGGAGACACAGUGAACAUGGCCUCCCGGAUGGAAAGCAGCAGUCUCCCUCUCCGGAUCCACGUCUCUCAGACCACUGCAGGUGCCCUGCUGGCCUCGGGAAGGUAUGAUUUGCGAAGGAGAGGCACCAUUCUAGUCAAGGGCAAAGGUGAACAAACAACGUACUGGUUGAAAGGCAAAGAAGGCUUCACAAUUCCACUCCCUGAAUUUACUGAGGAAGAAGUGCAAGUCCCAGAAAUCUGA